AGUCUGUUUCUUUUUAUUAUGUUUUUUACGAAAAAGUCCUGGUCUUUGAAAUUCAUUGUCUAAAUUUUAAAUAAAAUUAUAAAAUUUAAAAAGAAAAUUAAUUAAAGAAGCGAUGAAAUAUCUCUGAAAUUCAAUCAAUCAAUUAAUCAUGGCGUCUCAGCGAGUGCACGUAUUUGCCUACCCCUUCGUGGGACCAUUCCGGUGCUCCGUAUGCAUGGAUGCGUCCGGGAUGCAUCCCACUAGGUCGCUGGGCGAAUACGGCACAUACGCUGCGGCAUAUCAGCACAUAACCCGGCGCCACCCACAAGUGGUUAUUACAUACCGUUGCCGGGUCUGUGGCGCUGAUAUGCCCCGGGGUAUGAAGCAGCUCAAAGCCCAUGUGGCCGCGAGCCACCCCGAGACCACCACAGACGCCCACGGGAUGCUUGUGGAAGCAGCCACAGCCCCGAACCCUGCCUUACCACUCCCCGCCUUCUCCCCGAGACAGUCAGCGCUGAGCCCUGUGACGACGAGAGCCAGCGAACGCGGUACGCCUCUCCCCACAAGCAGGCGCGUACUCUGCACGACGCCGAGCCGCGCGAUGCUUCCCGGGAACAUGCCCCAUCCUGCGCUGAGCCCCGUUGUCACAGGUGCCAGUGGACGCACUGGAAGGACUGUUGCCCCCAUUCCACCAACACGACAGAUGGCCCCGAGGGCACCGACCGCUGCGCAGACACCAUCACCAGCCCCGCAACGGCCGCCUGCCCGCAACGUUCCCCCUGCCCCCUUGGGUCAAGUAACGGGUGUGACGAGACGGCUCCUGAGAAGCGGCAACCAGCCGCCGAUCUCGUCCAUACCGCCCCGUUCGCCGUCCUCGUCCGUGCCGGCCCGUUCGCCGAUCUCGUCCGCGCCGGCCCGUUCGCCGACCACCACCAGGACGACGACCCCCUCCCGCACCGGUCUGGGAGUCUCGGCCCCCUCUGCUCCAAGCAGAAGGACCCCCGAAAGACCCACCAGCACCGCCACAGCGGGCAGGCCGGGAACCAAACCCACACGGACAUACCCAGAGCCGCCCCCAGCAGAAGGGCCGCAAUCUGCCUGAUGGCCAAUGCCGCGGCCACCAGGGAGGACCUGCUGAGGGCCGCCACCAGCCUUUCCGAAAUGGCGGCCGCGAACCAGCCUACCCGCUCGCCCACUGGAGGUGGCGAGCCCACCUCACAGGGUAGGCGCGGACCGCAAGCACUGGCAGACGCAGCGAAAAGGAUCCAACAAAUAUACAGGACCAACAUACCUCGCGCCAUGAGAAAAGUCCUGAGAACACUGCUCACGGCAGUGUUUAGCGCCUGCCUGAGGACAGGUCAUGUCCCCGAUCUGUGUAAAAAAUCCAGAACGGUCUUAAUCC